UCUAUUUAUAUUAUUAAUUAUUAGACAUAUUGUCAAUUUAUCUUUAUGCUUAAAAAUAUACAACGUUAUUGAAUUCCUGAAAGAUACCAUGCCUGAUACCAGGAGUAAUUGAUUUGGUUGGUGUGGGUGUUGCACUGGUGCAACAAGGUGAAAAUGGAUGGCGACUGAUGACUGAACAAUACGAACAAACGUAAAACCAGACAUUAUACGUACGACUAAAUGAGGGACAGACGAUAGACAAACUGACAACAUUCAGGUUAGGGGACCUUACCAAGAAUAGGAGUCACGGUAAAGUCCAUGGCUACAUUUGUGAAUUUGGUAAUCGUUUACCCUAGUCUUUCAUCACGUGGCAUGAAAGUAGGAGUUUGCUUAUGUCAACUGGAAGUAAGGAGGUUGGAAGAAAAAUCCACCCAACGACGAGCAAGCCUGGGAUGCAAGCAUGCUACAACUCCAACCGACCUUACACCAAAAAUCAGUGACGUAACAAUGGCGCCCAACGGACGGAAUGAAUCAUAUGCUACAGAUAGCUUUAUCUUUGGAUCACUCAUUUGCAAUAAUGAUACCCACCGACAUAGUAAUCUACAACAGGGAGAAAUGCCUAUAAUAUGGUCUUAA